AUGCCUUCUUCAAUCAAUGACGAUCUCGAUGCCAUAGAACUAUGGCGACCCUCGGCGCCCGAGAGGACUGAGAUGUUCAAAUUCAAGACUCAUAUUGGACAAAAAUACAACUUGAAGCUCAAGAACUACGACGAUCUUUGGCAAUGGAGUAUCUCGCAACCAGCUGACUUCUGGGAGGAGGUUUGGCAUUACACAGGGGUUAGAGCACAUAAAACAUAUUCCAAGGUUUUGGACUCCAAUUCACUGCUCUUUCCCAGACCGCACUUCUUCGAGGGAAGCCGUCUGAACUUCGCCGAAAAUCUUCUCUUUCCCGCAAAUUGCCCAGGCGACGAAGCAAUUGCUAUCAUCGGUGCCACAGAGGCAGAUCGCGAGUUCGUAUCAUGGCGAGAGCUGAGGGAGCGUGUCAGAGUAUGUGCCAAUGCUAUGCGCCAAAAGGGUAUAACAGUGGGUGACCGCAUUGGCGGCUUUGUUGGCAAUCAUGUCGACGCUGUCGUGAUGAUGCUAGCCACAACGUCUAUUGGAGCUCUUUGGACAUCGAUCUCCCCAGAUACCGGCGUGCAUGCGGUUGUUGAGCGUCUCCGCCAGGUACAGCCGAGAAUAUUAUUUGCAGACGACGCUUCUCUUUACAACGGCAAGGUUCACGGCACCGAACCAAAAGUCGCAGAAAUUGUGAAAGAAUUACCAUGCUUAGAGCAUGUCGUGGUAUUAGAGGCUAUACAGUCGGCUGAACUUGAUCUAGAGAAAGUGAAGCCCCAAAGCGGACUGGCCGCACGGUACAAGGACUUUGUCCGCGAAGCGCAGGGCUCUACAACACCUCUGAAAUUCGAGUCUUUAGACCCCGAUCAUCCUGUCUAUAUUCUCUACUCUUCGGGAACAACCGGUGCCCCUAAGCCUAUCGUCCACGGCGCACUAGGGACACUUUUGCAGCAUAAGAAAGAACACGUCUUACACAGCGAUAUCAAACCUGGUGAUCGCUUAUUUUAUUACACUACAACCACCUGGAUGAUGUGGCACUGGCUUGUAUCCGGGCUUGCGAGUGGUGCCACCAUUGUCGUCUACGAUGGAAGCCCUUUCCGACCUUUCGACGUUGAAGGUGGAAAGGGCGAGAUGGCCAUGGCCCGGUUGAUCGAGGAGCUCGGUAUCACACAUUUUGGAACAUCUGCAAAGUAUCUAUCAAUGAUCGAGCAGGCUUCAUUAAACCCGCGCAAGCAUCCCAACCGCCCAGUGCAACUGGAAAAGCUGAGGGCGAUAUUCAGUACCGCUGCGCCAUUAGCACCGUCCACUUUCGAAUAUAUAUACUCCUCCUUCCACCCCGACGUCAUGCUCGGUUCAAUUACUGGCGGUACUGAUAUCAUAUCUUUGUUUGGCGCCUCCUGUCCGAUAUCGCCUGUAUACCGAGGCGAGAUUCAAUGUCGAGGACUUGGAAUGGCUGUAGCCGCUUACGACUAUGCUGGCAAUGAUAUAACGAAAUCAAACGAGCCUGGUGACCUGGUCUGUACUGUACCAUUUCCCGCCCAGCCCGUUAUGUUCUGGCCACCUGGUCCUGAAGGAGAAGCAAAAUAUAAGAAAAGUUAUUUCGACGUCUUUGGACCUUCUGUUUGGCACCAUGGCGAUUUUGUACGGAUCGAUCCUGAUACCGGCGGUCUGACGAUGCUUGGCCGCAGUGAUGGAGUUCUUAAACCAGCAGGAGUCCGCUUUGGAAGUGCCGAAAUAUAUAAUGUGAUUCUGAAGCACUUUUCUCAAGAGAUAGAGGAUUCUCUCUGCAUUGGACGCAGGCGUGAGGGGAUUGAUACCGACGAAACUGUCGUUCUUUUUGUCAAGCUCGUCCCAGAAGCUGUCGAAGGGGGUAUCCCGCCCAUGUCACCGGAUCUGGUGGCUAGAAUUCAAGCUGCUAUUCGCAAGGAACUCAGUGCACGACACGUACCAGGAAUUAUUGAUGUGUGUCCGGGCAAUGAGAUUCCGUUGACCUCGAACGGGAAGAAGGUUGAGAAUGCCGUGAAACAGAUACUUUGCGGAUUGAAUAUCAAAACGUCCGCGAGCGUGGCUAAUGCAGCUUGUUUGGACGGGUAUAAAAAAUGGGCUGCAGAGCACUAG